AAAGUGGUUUAUUUUAUGCACGCUAUUGUGGUAGUGGCAUCAAUAAUUUCCGUUGUCCUCUUUACCAUAGUAUUGAUCGUCAAGUUACGUGUGAACUCGAAAUGGCGUAAAUCAAUGAACAGUCAGCAAAAGCAGCAAGCUUCAAUGACAAAUAAGGAGAGAACCACCAUUGUCAUGAUAGUUUUGAUCGCUUGUAUGUUACUUGUCUGUUACACUCCGACUAUUAUUCUCUCAUUGAUAACUUUCUUUGAACCAGACUUCAGCCCAGGUGGUAAAUAUGUGAAUCUACAUUAUAUUCUAUGGUCUUUUGCACUUCUUUUUGAAACAGUCAAUUCCAGUGUAAAUAUUUUCUUGUAUCUAAAGAUGAGUAGUAAUUACAGACUCUACUUCUACUCCCUCUGUUUUAAACGGGAUUAG